UCCGGAAUCACACUGAUCGCUAUCACACAUGGAUUAUACUCUUUUCGCUCCUUUUUCUUUUUUUCUGCCUUAGAGGAAACUUUCUCACCAACUGUUUCCAGGUGGGACUGCUUUCUAGUGUCAGAGCCAUGGGUUGCUUGUUAAGAUGGACUGCUUUGAUUUGGACUGUAAAUGUAAUUCCUUGCACUUUUGGAAUGGCAGUGAGUGAACGAACAGAUGGCUCAUGCCCCGCUCUGAGCGUAGAGGAGCACAGGUUCACUGAUGUCUUAGAUCGUCCUCUGGACAUCACAGGAUUUGAUCUCACGGAAAAGUUUCUUCUCCGAAAGGGAACGAUCACAGAGGACCUUCCGUCAUAUCGUUUAGGAAGCAGUCCUCUCAUAAAGCCAACAAAAGAAAUAUUUCCAAAUGGGCUUUCAAGUGAAUACUCCCUUGUCACCAUCUUCCGUGUAAGAAGAACUACAAAAAAAGAUCGCUGGUAUCUAUGGCAGAUAUUUGACCAAUCAGGAGACAGUCAGGUAUCUGUGGUGGUCGAUGGUGGCAAGAAGGCGGUGGAGUUUUUUUCCCGGGGCGAGCUAAAGAACGCUCUCCGCUACACGUUUAAGAGCCGUGACCUACAUGCCCUUUUUGAUCGCCAGUGGCACAAGCUGGGCGUUUCUGUCCAGAGCAACAUAGUCUCCAUUUAUUUGGACUGCAAGCUAAUAGAAAGGAGGCUGACGGAUGAGAAAGACAGUGUUGACUUCCGUGGGCGCACUCUCAUCACCACCCGAGUGGAGGAUGGACGACCUAUAGACAUUGAACUGAGACAAAUUCUCAUCUACUGUGACCCUUAUAUGGCCGAGAUGGAAAAUUGCUGUGAGCUUCAGGAGCCAAAGAGUGAAGCCAACCAGACCUUUAAUGGGACGGCCCCUCCCCCGGUUGCAGCCAAGCUCCCCCUGAUGCUGUCUCUGCCCGCCGCAAAGUCAAUUGACAGAUGUCACUGUCCAGCUGAAAAGGGAGAUAGUCUUCCAGGUGUAGUUGGACUGUCAAGACAAAAAGGGGUUAAAGGAAACAAGGCGGACACAGGGGAGGCCGGGCUUUCAAGAGAUCCAGGACAUGAGGGGGAACUUGGAUCAGAAGGGCAAAAGGGAAUCGAUGGGGAGAAGGGUCUGAAAGGUGACCCAGGGCCGGUUGGUCCAAAAGGAGACAAAGGUGAUGUCGGUCUGCCUGGAGCUGCAGGGCUAAUGAUGGGAAGUGAGGCAGGUGAGCAGUGUCUGUGUCACAUUACCAUCGCCUGGGAAUGGGUCAAACAAGAAGCAGAUAGACAGGGCUCGGUGGGCAUCGCCACUUGGGCCAAAAAGGACAGGGAUGAGCGGCCAGGCGCAGAAGAAUCGAGCUCCCGGCCUCCGCGUAGGGGGGGGAGGUUGACAGCUAGAGAUAAUGACCUCUUUACCAACUGUAUUCUGUUGCCUAUAACUGCCAAACAUGUAUUGGCUGACAAAGACUGUUUCAAAGGAGAUCAGGGCCUCCCAGGUGACAAAGGAGAAAAGGGUGUGGCGGGGGUCCCAGGGGAGCCAGGAAAAGAGGGCAAAAGGGGACGGAGAGGAAAGAGUGGGGAACCUGGAGUCAGAGGCCUGCCUGGUCCCCUAGGAACGCCGGAAGGAGCAAGUGUCAAGGUGGAGGGGGCUGAGUCUGCAGUCCCGGGGGGGAAAGGGGAGAAAGGAGACCCUGGUCAGAUAGAUGCUCAGGGGGCCGGAGAGAUGAAAGGACAAAAGGGUGAAGUUGGCCUUCCUGGUCCACCUGGUCCUGUGAUGACAGCUCACGGAUUAAGACUGCUCUCUGCAACUGAUGAAAUGAAGGAGGUGAAGACCCAAGGAGAAAAGGGAGAUCAGGGGGAGAGAGGAGCUCAAGGGCCGCAAGGCUUCAAGGGAAACGUCGGUCCACCGGGACUAAAAGGAGAUCAGGGGCCAGAGGGCAAGCAAGGCCUGUCUGGACUCCCAGGACUCCCGGGCGAGGCAGGCUCGCUAGGGGAGUCCGGGGUGUCUGGUAAAGAUGGCCUGAAAGGAGAAAAGGGGGACUCUGGUGCAGUGACGGGGCUUCCAGGCCCUAAGGGGGAGCCUGGAGGAGGAUAUAUGGGCGAUGGGUUGUCUCUAAGCAGAGGGUCUCGCGGGCCCAAGGGUGAGAGAGGUGUCCCAGGAUUGUCCGGAGAACAUGGAGACAAAGGCGAACCUGGAGCGACUAUCAUAGGUUCACCUGGCCGCAUGGGAUCUUCUGGAAAGCCGGGAAUUGAGGGGCUUCAUGGACUCCCAGGUUUAUCUGGCCCUCCUGGAGUUUCAGGUAGAGAGGGCUCCCCUGGUAGGCCAGGCCCCCCCGGCCCUGCUGGACCCCCAGGUGAACCAAUUGCCCUGCCAAUUGUUGGAGACAUGGGAGCAUUACUCAAGAAUGCCUGCAGUGUGUGCCAGACGAGAGUCCCAGGGCUUCCUGGGCAGAAGGGAGAGAAGGGGUCCAACGGAGCGCAUGGAGUAGAAGGCUUGGUGGGAGAAAAGGGGGAUCCUGGUGUAAGAGGUCCCAUGGGUAACCCUGGGAAAGAAGGCCCAAAGGGAGUGAAAGGAGAGAGAGGGUUCGCAGGCCCCACCGGAGAUAAAGGUGAUGAGGGGCUUUCAGGAGCUCCAGGACUUCCUGGAGUGACCGGUCGAACAGGGUCUCAGGGGCUUAUGGGUAGACCUGGGCCAUUGGGGCCACACGGUGGAAAAGGAGAAAGAGGAAAUGACGGAGGCCAGGGCAUGCCAGGGCUUCCAGGGCCACCGGGUGUACCUUAUGUGGAGGGCAAUGGGAUGAGCAGUCUGUACAAGCUGCAGAGCGGUGGAGCUAUUCUGGGACCCCCUGGAGCUCCUGGUGCUCCGGGUCCUAAAGGAGAUGACGGAGUUGCAGGGGAACCAGGGGCCAUGGGAUUACCCGGGCUUGAAGGGCUACCCAGUGCCAAGGGCGAUAUUGGUUUGCCUGGUUCGUCUGGAAUGAUAGGUCCUACAGGGAAGCCCGGCACUGAUGGAGAGCGAGGGAUCCCAGGAGACUCGGGUGAGAGGGGGCCGCUCGGAGAGACAGGAUUCCCAGGGCCCGAGGGACCCCAAGGUGUUCCUGGGAGACCUGGAAAAGAUGGAACUCAUGGAGAAAAGGGAAUUACAGGUACAUCAGGAGACAGAGGAUCCAAAGGAGAGCGUGGUGAUCCCGGUAUUCCUGGAGAAAGAGGGGUUCAAGGCGAGAGGGGGCGCUUAGGGGAUCCUGGCCUGCUUGGACCAUCCGGACAAAAAGGAGAUUCUGGCGCUCCAGGACAAUUUGAGAAUGCUAACGUCUUGGGUGAUCCCGGCUUCAUUCAAGAACUCAAAAUGCUCAUCAGAAACGAAGUAUUAAAGGUCUUUGAAGAGAAGCUAUCGAGCUCUGCCGUGCCACAGAAGACACAUGCGGGGAUCCUGGCUUCACAAAUCCACGGGCCUCCUGGAGCUCCUGGGAAGGACGGAUUACCCGGAACACCAGGAGAGCCCGGACCUCCUGGUACUCAUGGGUACAGGGGGCAGAAAGGAGAGCGGGGUCAGCUUGGUCUGGGGUUACCAGGAGAUCCAGGAGCCACGGGGCCACCAGGCUCCCCUGGGACCACUCCUCAGGGCUCUCCGGGGCCCCGUGGACCCCCUGGGAACUGUGACCCAGGUGACUGCCUACUUCCAUCCCUGUGA